AUGGUGGCGCCGCUGUACGGCUCCCCCGGCGGCCGCCUGGCCCGGGCGCUGACGCGGGCGCUGGCGCUGGCCCUGGUGCUGGCCCUGCUGGUCGGGCUGCUCCUGAGCGGCCUGACGGGCGCGACCCCGGUCUCGGGGCGCCGGUGGGGGCCCAGCGGGCCGGUGCCGCCCGCCUCCCGCAGCCGCUCGGUGCGCCUGGACCCCCAGACCGGCCAGUUCCAGCUGGUGGAUGGCCUCCACCCGGAUGCCGUGGCCUGGGCCAACCUCACCAACGCCAUCCGCGACACCGGGUGGGCCUUUCUGGAGCUGCGCACGAACGGCCAGUAUAAUGACAGCCUACAGGCCUAUGCGGCGGGUGUGGUGGAGGCUGCUGUGUCUGAGGAGCUCAUCUACAUGCACUGGAUGAACACCGUGGUGAAUUAUUGUGGCCCCUUUGAGUACGAAGUCAGCUACUGCGAGAGGCUCAGGAGAUUCCUGGAGACCAACCUGGACUGGAUGCAGGAGGCGAUAGAGCUGAACAAGGACUCUGCGUACUGGCAUCAGGUGCGGCUGACCCUCCUGCAGCUGAAAGGCCUCGAGGACAGCUAUGAAGGCAGUAUGACCUUUCCAACUGGGAGGUUUACCAUCAAACCCUUGGGGUUCCUCCUGUUGCAGCUCUCUGGGGACCUGGGAGACUUAGAGCCAGCCCUGAAUAAGACCAAGACCAAGCACGUUAUGGGCUCUGGCUCCUGCUCUGCCCUCAUCAAGCUGUUGCCCGGCCAGAGUGACCUCCUGAUUGCCCACAACACCUGGAGCUCCUACCAGAACAUGCUGCGGAUCAUCAAGAAGUACUGGUUCCAGUUCCGGGAAGACCCCCAAGAGAACUCUCCCCUGGCUCCUGGCAACAAGCUGGUCUUCUCAUCCUACCCUGGCACCCUCUUCUCCUGUGAUGACUUCUACAUCAUGGGCAGCGGACUGGUGACCCUGGAAACUACCAUCGGCAACAGGAACCCAGCUCUGUGGAAGUAUGUGCAGCCCAAGAACUGUGUGCUGGAGUGGGUGCGUAAUGUUGUGGCCAACCGCUUGGCCUUGGAUGGGGACUCCUGGGCAGACAUCUUCAAGAAAUUCAACAGUGGCACGUACAACAACCAGUGGAUGAUCGUGGACUAUAAGGCAUUUGUCCCUGGUGGGCCUAGCCCUGGGAACAGGGUGCUCACCAUCCUGGAGCAGAUCCCGGGCAUGGUGGUGGUGGCUGAUAAGACCUCAGAACUCUACCAGAAGACCUACUGGGCCAGCUACAACAUACCGUACUUUGAGAGUGUGUUCAACGCCAGUGGGUUGCAAGCCCUGGUGGCCCAGUACGGGGACUGGUUCUCCUAUGAUGGGAGUCCCCGGGCCCGAAUCUUCCGGCGGAACCAGUCACUGGUGCAUGACCUAGACUCCAUGCUCCGGCUUAUGAGGUACAAUGACUUCCUGCAUGACCCCCUGUCGCUGUGCAAAGCCUGCAGCCCCCAGGCCAACGCAGAGAAUGCCAUCUCGGCCCGCUCAGACCUGAACCCGGCCAAUGGCUCCUACCCUUUCCAGGCCCUGCAUCAGCGCUCCCACGGGGGCAUAGAUGUAAAGAUGACCAGCAUGGCUCUGGCCAAGGCCUUUCACAUCAUUGCGGUCAGUGGCCCGACGUGGGACCAGGUGCCCCCGUUCCAGUGGAGCUCCUCGCCUUUCAGCGGCCUGCUACACAUGGGCCAGCCUGACGUCUGGAAGUUCUUGCCCAUUGAGACCUGGUGGGACUGAGCCUCCUUCUCUGCGCUGCUGACCCCCAGCAGGGCCAUCUGCCGGCUGCCGCCCUGACCUCCUGCCUGCCCACUCCAUGGGCCUCGUUCCCUGCCAGGUCUGGGACCUGGGUGUGCCAGGUUCCCUCUUGUCUGGGUCGUCUCCUGGCUGGGAUGUGGAGUCCAAUGGGGCCCAGAACUGAGUCGUUGGCUCCCCUUAAGUGGGGGGAUGCCGCCCCUGCUCCUUGCCUCUCUCCUCUACUCUGCUUGUCUCUCUCCCCUGUGCUGGGGCCCUGUCCUCAUGCUGCCCCAUCUCGAGGGCUUGGGAGGGGUCCUUGGAUGGGACUUGGGACCCCUGGUAGAGCAGGAGGGGACCAUUCCAGUCCCUGCCUCCAGUGUCAUUCCGGCCCGUGGCUCUGGGACUUGGGGGUUUCAGCCCUGAGAUCUGGGCGUUGCCUCCGGUUGGCAUCCAUCCUCCUGUCUCCCAGCCCUAGCUGCUCUGCUCCCUCAGGAAGCAGCCCCCUUGCUUCCCCUUCUGGGCAACUUCCCUGAGGACAGAAACUUGAAAGCAAACAAAAACCAAAGUUUCUGGUGACUUGUGGCUGGAGGGGCCUUCGGGGGUAGACAAGAGUGUCAGCCCCUAUGCUGCAGCCUCAUGCCCCUUGCCUCCCAACUUGGGCCUGCCCUUGGCCUCAGGGUGGUGCCCACAGCUCCCCUGCUGUAGGAACCAAAUUGCAGACUGUGCUGCCAUUAAAUGAGAGGCCGUGGCUCCUGUGCUGUGUUUUUUGGGGCAGUAGGGAAGGCUGGGCUGGGUCCUUUCUCCUCACUGGCUUGGGUUCUACACCAUCUACCGAUGCAUUCUCCUGUCCAUUCUUCUGUCUAAUCUAUUCAUUUAUUCACCUGCUAACUCACCCAUUGUCCAUCUGCACAGUCAUCCAUCCACCUACCCAACCGUCCAUCCAUCCAUCCACCCACCCAUCCAUCUAUCCAUAGAACCAUCCACCCACCCACCCAUCCAUCCAUAGAGCCAUCCAUUUUCCGUCCACCCAUCUAUUCAUCUCUUUCAUCCAUCCACCCGUCUACCUAUUCAUUCAUCUAUAUCUGUCCAUCCAGAUGUUCAGUGAGCACCUACUUUGCUCUGGGUGCUAUCCCAGGGCCUUGUUAACCAACAAGACUUUCCCACUGUGGGAUACAGGCCAACACGAAACAGAAUCUGUCACCAACUGAUCUUAGCCAGCUGGUCAACCCCAGUCCUCGGCGCCUUGGCUCUUAAUAGUGGUCAGAGGGGUCUGCCUGCCUUUUUGGGGGGUUUUGUGCUGAAUCAAGUGGGACAGUCGAGGCUGGAAGCAAUCCUGUUCUGGGAAGGUUUCCCUGAACUGAGCACUAUUUCAGUCCUACUCUGUCCUGUAGGUAGAAUUCUGAGGCCAUCCCCUAUAAAAUACAUGUCUGUC